AUGCCUCCAAAGGCCAACCUCACCAGCUCCUUCUCCGUCUCCGACCUGAACAACGAGGUACGCUGCCACGCCCACGCCCACACCCACACCUUCACCUCCCCCCAUCUACUGUAUCCCUCCGUCCACUGCCGCGUCGGCGUCAAUGCCUCUCGUCCCAUGUAUCAGACCCGCUAACUCCCUUCCAGGUCGUCUGCCCGCUCCACAACCAAGAUGGCUCGCAGUGUCGGAAGCGAUGCCUCGGCGUGAGUCAAACCCACCUGCCACCUGCCAAUGCCUCCUCGCCCACGCCACGACAAGUUGCCCGAGCAAGAUCAUGACACUGACCAUGCCCCGUUCGACAGGAGAAACGCUACCGCUCCAUGCAGGAGCACAUCCGCCGAGCCCACCCCGAAUACUACCUCCCCAAGCUGCCCGCGACCAAGGAGAGCUUCGACUUGAUGAUAUCAACACCACCUCACGAGCGUCCCGCACAAGAUCCCAAUCAUGCGAACCACCACCAUCAUAACCACCACAUACAACAGCACUCUGAUCCGUCAGGUCUGUCACCCGCCUUCCACAUUGACCCCGGCCUGAGCUCAUCCUUUGAAGGAUUCCAUGCUCUCGGUCAACACGAUGGUGGCUACUACACGCACGGAGAUACAGAGGCCCAGGCCAUCUACAGCAACAUGCAGGCGCAGCAUCAGCGCUCCUCGGACGAGUAUCGCCGGGGCUCGCUGAUCCCUGCGGCCUCGGCUGCCGCCGCUCUUGCCCAGCUUCAUUAUCACAGGCCCGAUUCAGAAUGGGGAGGGGACGGCAUCGGACAGGUGAUCUACCCUUCGCAUGACAUGUCACCGACAGAUACUGAAGCCGAUCUUCUUCAGGCGUUCUAUGCCAAUCACGAAGACAUGAAGAUGCCACAGCACUUUGGCAGCAACGUCGACCCGGCCCUCGAAGAGAGCUCGCUCCUACCAGACCCCAACACCUUCCAGAGCGGCCUGGGCCAGGAGCAGUCCGGCUUGCUGCCCAGCGGCAUGAUGCGGUCGCCGCCUGAUCGUCCAGCUCCUCUGCAGAGGAGCCUGUCUGCGUCUCGGAGCGUCAACCGACCUCGUAAGUCGAGCCUCUCGCAGUCCGCUCGCCUGGGCAAGCAUGAGCGAAAGCGGUCAAAAGAGCUUGCCAAACGUAGCAGCGGUGAUCGCAAGGCCUUCUCCGCCGAGCCGGGCAGCGCGGCCUCGAUCUAUGGGAAGAGGUGGGAAGACCUCAUCGAUGCUGCCGCAAGUGCCACCGAAGAGGAGGGUUCCCGGGAUUUGACGCCUGUGAGUGAAGCUGCUCCUGACACAGUCAUCCAGUUCGACGACUCAUCAAUGCUGCAGAUACCGGCAUCUCCAUACCAAUCGCCGAAAGGCAAUGCUCGCACGAGCUUGCCGCCCUUCGCGAUGGGCUCCCAGUUCCAAUCUUUUCAAGCGUCGCCCCUCAACCGGGCUUUGACGCCGCCCUCGGCCGGCGCCCAGGGCGACCUGACUCUGCAGCACUAUCCAUCGGUGGACAGCAGCCUCAGCAGUAAUCCUUCCCACCAGCACCACAACUCGAUGGACUCGGGAUCCCAGUUCCAGAUCAUGAACCCUUCCUCCAUCGAUUCACAGUCUUCUCCCAUGUUCACGCCCGGCGCCGGUGGAGCCAGUAACAUGGGCGGCACUAGUGGAGCAAUCCAGAUCUAUUGCGCCGGCUGCCGGCGCCUGAACAUGUUGACCCAGUCGUAUGCCUGCACGCAAUGCAUCUGCGGAUUGUGCGGCGAGUGCACGGAUGCGCUGGUCCAGGAGCAGAGCCGCGGACGCAUGACGUCGUGCCCACGGUGCCACGCCAUGGACUCGACGUUUAAGCCGUUCAAUCUGGAUGUCAGGUAG